AUGUUACUGUUGAUAAUAUUAUUGGUAGUGUUCAUAUCUGAAAAAACGAAUGGUUAUAUUUCAAAUAUGAAUUAUAUACCAAUGGGUACAAAUCCGACCUUAUAUCAACCCGGUUUUGAUCCAAUUAUGCAACUUGAUGCCGCUACAUUUUAUGAUACUAUAUUCAUGCAAAAUCAUGCAUUUGUAGUUGAAUUCUACGCUGAUUGGUGUGGACAUUGUCGUGCCUUUGCUCCGUUUUAUUUGGAUUUCGCAUCCACCAUACGUUCAUGGAAAGAUGUUGUAACAGUGGCUGCAAUUAAUUGCGCUGAUAUUAUCAAUCAAAAUAUUUGCAGCGAUGAGGAAAUCAUCGGUUAUCCGAUGAUCUUGUACUAUCCCCGUUAUGCUCGAAGUCGUGUUGAUGCAAUCAAACUGGAGCCAAAACAUUCUUUACCGCAUAUGAGAAGCCAACUGGCACAAGUUAUACGAAAUGAAUAUAAUCAGUUUCAUUAUGCAGAUUGGCCAGAUUUCACCUUUUUGACAACUGAUAGUGCAAUGGCGUUAAGAAACGUUUGGAAUCAACUGAAUGAUUCUCAUCAAUUUCUUGUCCUAUUGUUCGAGCAAUUUGAUAGUGUUGGUGUGGAAUUCUUGUUGGAUAUGUUUCCACUCCAAAGAACGGUAAUUACUAGAAGAAUUAUUGUUUCUUCACCUGUUAUCCAAUCAUUUACUAUCACACAGUUACCAUAUAUUUUGGUUUUCAAACGUGAUCAGAAUAAUCCCAUUUAUCAAAGUCCAUAUGGUUCGAAUUCGUUGCAAGAAGUAAUGAGGGUAACAUAUGCGACAGAAAUAUUACCUGUGUCUCGUAUCCUACCGGUACCACCAUUACCACCUUUUAAGCAGCAGCAAGAUAUUGUAAAAUGCGAGUUAUAUCACGAUAGAUGUCGUGAGUUAUACUACGUUUCGGAGGCGGAUAUGUUGAAAGCGAUGCGUAUGGCAAUAUUUGAUGAAGUAAUUAAAACAGAUAGCAACAUUACUAGUACCAAUUUCACAGCACUGCUGGAUUUCAUCAGUGUUCUUGCUGAACAUUUUCCAACUUAUACAGCUAAUACAACAUCAUCAGAAACAACAAAUCAGAAAUCAUCCGCGUCAUUAAAACAAAGUACACGAGCUAAAUCAGUCUUUUUGCAUCUUCGACAUUUUCUCGAAGCACAUCGAGCAAAGAGUGUAAUUUCAACGGCUGUAUGGCGAAAUCAAUUCCAAAAUAUUGAACGAUUAUAUGGAUAUCCAUUCCCGAUGAAUGCUUCAUGGGAACAUUGUAAAGGAACAGCUCUCGGAUAUCGUGGUUAUACAUGUGGCUUAUGGACAACAUUUCAUGCAAUCACCGUUAAUGCAUUUGUGCAAAAAUUGCAAUCACCCAUUAGCCUGUUGCUCAGUAUCCGAGGUUGGGUUGUCAAUUUCUUUGGCUGCCUUAAUUGUCGACAACAUUUUUUACACAUGACAACCACUCUUUAUCCGUUGACUAAACGUCGGGUGCAAAGUGCCUACGAUAUGAUAUUCUACCUGUGGCGUGCUCACAACAUUGUUAAUGCUCGAUUACAUGGAGAUAAAGCAACGGAAGAUCCGCAAUUUGAGAAACAACAAUUUCCACCAAUAGGUGAUAUCGAAAAAUGUGAUAUUUCUGAAAGCUUCAAGCAAACUGAAACGAGAUGGCCAAUUAACCAGACUACCACUGGGCAGUUUGUGAAACCAACAACUUGA